AUGGAAGAGCAGAGGCGUUCUGUGGGCUGGGCUGAGAGCUUCCUCGCUGAGACAGCCUCGGCUUGACCCCCGGCCCGGGAGGGACCGAGCCAGGGGGCUGUCUUAGUAAUUCCGGGAGCCUCCACCCCUUGGUGGCGGAGACACGGAGGGCGGGUCGCGCUCGAGGGUCAGGGAGGAGAGUGACCCGGCCCAGAUUCAGGGCCCUCCCCAGUCGCCUGGCGGCCAGAACUCCAGCCCCGGGGAGUGGGCAGGGCCUGUUUCUGUGCCUCACGCCCUGCUUUUCGCCUCCUUUAGCGCUGUCUGCUAGCUGCUUUUCCUGCUCUCUCUCUCCUGGGAGGCGAAUCCUUGAGCCCGAGAUGGCAGCCACCCUGCUCAUGGCUGGGUCCCAGGCACCUGUGACAUUUGAAGAUAUGGCCAUGUAUCUCACCCGGGAAGAAUGGAGACCUCUGGACCCUACACAAAGGGACCUUUACAGGGAUGUUAUGCAGGAGAAUUAUGGAAAUGUUGUCUCAUUAGAUUUUGAAAUCAGGAGUGAAAACGAGGUGAAUCCAAAACAAGAGAUUAGUGAAGAUGUGGAAUUUGGGACUGCAUCUGAAAGACCUGUUGGUAAUACUGAGGACAGUCCUGAAAGUGAAGAGGCCUUUGAAAACAGGGAUAGAUCAGAAAGACAAUGGGGAGAUCUAACAGCAGAAGAGUGGGUAAGCUAUCCUCUCCAACAAGUCACCGAUCUGCUUGUCCACAAAGAAGUCCAUACAAGCAUCCGAUAUCAUAUAUGUUCUCAUUGUGGAAAGGCCUUUAGUCAGAUCUCAGACCUUAAUCGACAUCAGAAAACACAUACUGGUGACAGACCCUAUAAGUGUUAUGAAUGUGGAAAGGGCUUCAGUCGGAGUUCCCACCUUAUUCAGCAUCAAAGAACACACACUGGAGAGAGGCCCUAUGACUGUAAUGAGUGCGGGAAAAGUUUUGGAAGAAGCUCCCACCUCAUUCAGCAUCAGACAAUCCACACUGGAGAAAAGCCCCACAAAUGUAACGAGUGUGGAAAAAGUUUCUGCCGGCUCUCUCACCUAAUCCAGCACCAAAGGACCCACAGUGGGGAAAAACCCUAUGAGUGUGAGGAGUGUGGGAAAAGCUUCAGCCGGAGCUCUCACCUAGCUCAGCACCAGAGGACCCACACAGGUGAGAAGCCUUACGAAUGUAAUGAAUGUGGGAGAGGCUUCAGUGAGAGAUCUGAUCUGAUCAAACACUAUCGUGUCCACACGGGGGAAAGGCCCUACAAGUGUGAUGAAUGUGGGAAGAAUUUCAGUCAGAACUCCGACCUUGUGCGCCAUCGCAGAGCCCACACAGGGGAAAAGCCAUACCACUGUAAUGAAUGUGGGGAGAAUUUCAGCCGCAUCUCACACUUGGUUCAGCACCAGAGAACCCAUACUGGGGAAAAGCCAUAUGAAUGUAACGCCUGUGGGAAAAGCUUCAGCCGGAGCUCUCAUCUUAUCACACACCAGAAAAUUCACACUGAAGAGAAGCAAGAGUGCAACGAGUGUUGGCGAAGCUUUGGUGAAAGGUCAGACCUAAUUAAACACCAGAGAACCCACACAGGAGAGAAACCCUAUGAGUGUGUGCAGUGUGGAAAAGGUUUCACCCAGAGCUCCAACCUCAUCACACAUCAAAGAGUUCAUACGGGAGAGAAGCCUUAUGAAGGUACCGAAUGUGAGAAGAGUUUCAGCCGGAGCUCAGCUCUCAUUAAACAUAAGAGAGUUCACACUGACUAAGUCCUGUAAUUAUGACUGAGAAAUGAAUGAUUCAUUUGAAGGUACAAUUUUAUUUGAUAUCAAAGAGCUCUCUCAAGACUGAGCUGCUUUUACUGUACUGAAUUUCCUUGUUGUGGGCCACAGUUUAAAACAUCGAAGAAGAGAAGCCACUUGAAAUUCUGAUCCAUGGCUUUGGGAAUGGUAUUCCUUCCUCCAAAAUAGUGAUUUUUAUUCACCCAAUAUUAAUGAAUUAUUUCAUCAAAAUCAGCCCCACAAGUAACUGGAAAUCUGA